UUGUGCUUGUUUAUUACCACCUUAUUAUUAAAUAUUGUACUAUUAUGUGCGCCCUUGCUCAUUGUGUCCUGCAGAGGGCAAUGUUGUCUACAGUGCGUCCAGGACGUGACGUCACUGACCCUAUAUCCUGACUCCAUGUGACUAAAAUUAAUUAUGAAACCGGAGCAGAAGGCAGCAGUAUUCGCGCAUCUGUCAUGCCACGAACGGAGGUAGCAAAGAUGCCUCGUAAAAGACCUUUGCCAGGCCAGAAUGCAGGGUACAACAUGGGUACAACGUGGGGCCAGGUGGGCUCAUGAGGGGUCGUGGCCAUCGGGCUGGACGGGCGGCGAGGAAGAGGAGGCAGAAACGAGAAGGCGUCGUCCAGUCGGUGUCUCUGGGUCAUCAGCUGCAGUACGUGAGGCUGAUGAAGUUUCUUCGCCAGCGGGGGUUCACCUCCACGCUGCUGCAGCCGGCGCUCUUCACAGAAACGGGGAGAGGACUUCAAGCCCUCCAGAGCAUAAAGCCGGGCCAGCUGAUCAUUUCUCUGCCAGAGUCGUGUCUCCUCACCACCUCCACUGUCCUGGACAGCUACCUGGGACCGUACAUCACCAGCUGGAAGCCCCGCCUCUCUCCCCUGUUGGCGCUCUGCGUCUUCCUGGUGUGCGAGCGCCACCUGGGGGAGGCCGCCGAUUGGUUCCCCUACGUCGCCGCGCUGCCCGCCGCUUACACCUGCCCCGCCUACUUCGCCGGCGACGUCGUGGCGCUGCUGCCGAGCGGCCUGCGGCGGCGGGCCUCGGAACAGAGGGGGGCGGUGCGAGAGAUCCACUCGUCCAAUCAGGAGUUCUUCAGAUCGCUGCAGCCAAUCCUGAGCCAGCCCGCGGGCCAGGUGAUGACUUAUGAAGCGUUGAGGUGGGCGUGGUGUAGUGUCAACACGCGCUCCGUCUUCAUGUCCCACCCUCCCAACGACUCUCUCUCCGGGCCCGAUGUUUACGCCUUGGCUCCCUUCCUCGACCUCCUCAACCACCGGCCUGACGUGCAAGUAAAAGCAAGUUUCAACGGCGUGACCCGGUGUUAUGAGAUCCGCAGCGUGUCCGGGACGCUCCGCUACCAGCAGGCCUUCAUCAACUACGGUUCCCAUGACAACCAGCGCCUGAUGCUGGAGUACGGAUUCGUCGCCCCCGGCAACCCCGACAGGGUGGUCUACGUGGACGCAGAUCUCCUCUGUGACGUCUUACGAGGCGACGAGGGUCUGGAUCAGAAGAUCAAGUUCCUCAAACAGAACAAGUUUCUUCAUGACCUCACCGUGACCUCCGACGGGCCGAGCUGGAGGCUGACGACGGCGCUGAGACUGCUGGCCCUCCCUCAGACACUUUACCACCUCUGGAAGGCCGUGUUGCUCGGCCAGGUGCCGUGUGAGGAGAGAGAGGAGUGGAGCGUCCAGACAGCCAAGACGCUCUGUCAGCGACUCCUCCAAGACGCGCACGCCGCUCUGGAUAAGAUCUGCCAGCUCCUCCUGCGGUGCGAGCAGCCGGUCAGGGAGCAGCUCCACGUGGUCAAGUCCCUCCGACAGGAGGAGAGGUGCAUUCUGGGAAGCUGCCUCGAGGCACUGGAAGGCCCGGCGAGACACGACAACACUCCGACCUGACGCCGACGCCCGAUUGGCUGAGCUCGUUUCUCGGCCUCCUCCGGCUGAAGACCCGGAAAUCCAUCCCGGCGCUCCUUCUUCUCCGCUCAAUUACCCAAGAUGCAUCAGGAGGCUUUCUAUCCCUGCUUUUUCCGCUCGUACCUUCCUUGGAGAAACAGUACAGUUUCAAGUGACAUCACAAUUUAAAGUGACAGUACAGUUUAAAGCAGGGGUCAGGAACCUUUUUGACUGGGAGAGCCAUAAAAGCCAAAUAUAUUUCA